AAAAAAGGGGAAUGUGCCAAUAAAAAUUCAAGCUUUACCUGUAUAAAUUUAAUCUUCGCUUCCCUCGCCUUGUCCUUCCGCCUUCUCUCUGGUUUCUUCAAUCUAGGGUUUUGCAGCUAUUCAUUCGCUUCAUGUUCCCGCCAAAUCUUCUUCUUCAAAAUCUCCCCGAUAAUCUUCUGAUGCUUUGAAUUCUAUUCCUUUGCGCGGCCCUUUCUGCGAUUAAUCCCCCUUUUCUCAUUUGCCGUUCGGAGACUCCAUUAUGAUUAUCUUCUUCCCGCUUAGGUUCUCAUCGGCCGUUGCUUCGUUCUUGGUUUCUCAAAAUCUUCGUGUGUUUGGGCCUGGUUUGAAUCCUUUCUCACCAUACGGCAUGGCUAAUCAUUCCUUUGCUUCUCGCUAACUGGAUUUCCCUUUCUCUUCCUGGAUUUUUUCUGGAAACAUGUAAAACGUCGAAUUCCAUCGAUCUCCGGUAUCCUUGUUUAAUUGGAGUUAGUAUAUUUGUUCAUAAGAUAUCAUUUGUUUUCGUCAAGGCUGAUAAGGAUAAAUUCAAGGGUCUAGUUGAAUUCGAGGAUUUAUUUUGCUUUUGAGUUUUAUAUUUAGACAAAGUUAUGCCGCAAGAACAGCCGGGCUCGCUUCGGCGAAGCUUGUCAAGCCGACGAUCUUUCAAGUCUUCUGUCGAGAGGGAUGAUAGAGGUUGGACUCUUCUUCAUAUUCGUGCUCGAAAAGGUGAACUGAAGGAGGUGAAGCGGCUACUGGAUGAAGGCAUGGAUGUUAAUGCCCCAGCAUGGGGCCACAAGUCACAAGGUUUGACUCCUCUCCACCUUGCUGCACAGGGUGGCCAUCUGAAAGUCAUGGAUGAAUUGCUUGAGCGUGGUGCUAACAUCGAUGCAAGAACAAAGGGCGCAUGUGGCUGGACACCUCUGCACAGUGCAGCUAAAGAAAGGAAAAGGGAAGCAAUUAGAUUCCUGGUUGAGAAUGGAGCAUUCCUGCCACCCGACAUCAAUGACAACAGGUUUAAUCCUCCACUUCAUUACUGCCCUGGUCUUGAAUGGGCCUACGAGGAGAUGAAGCGCCUGCAAGAGGAAAGCCUCUCUUCCCCCGGCGAAGGUUCCUGCUGCUCCGAAAGCUAGACGCUACUUCACCAAAUACAAUUAGCAGUGUUGAUUAUCAUUUGUUCUCUCUCCUAUUUACAGCUUAGCUUGACUUACGGACUUCUUGUGCUUGUUUUAGCCCUGGCCUGGCUUACUGUACUUACUCUACUCUCAACUAAAAGUUUAAAGCAAUUAUGUGAUUGUGUUACUUUACAGCUUGUUUACCCUGUCAUCACCUUUCUUUGCGUGUGGACACGCUGGAUUUGUAACUUUUAAGUAACCAUUCAAGUGUCUUUUUCCCUGUUGGCUGCUUUGUAUCAUAAUUUUGGGUUCUUUCAA